AUGGAUCAACAACGAAUGGAGUUGCCUAAGCAUGUUUGUUUCAAGGGUGACAAUGGCUUGUACCUCAGUGCACGGAUCAUUCAGGGCUACAACUAUUUGCAAUUCUCAUCGAAUGAUAUGGGUGAUCCAACCAUAAGGCAUACCAUUCAUACCAACACCAAUGGUACCAUCCGCAUAAAGUCUGACCAUUUCGGCAAGUUCUGGAGGCGUAGCCCAAACUGGAUCUGGGCGGACUCUGAUGACACCAUCAGCAGCAACCCUGACACCGUGUUCCGGGUAGUCAAGUUUGGUGACAUUUUUGCGCUUCAGAACCUCGGCAACAACUACUACUGCACAAGGUUGACUACUGAACGCAAAGUGAAUUGUCUCAAUGCCUCUGUUCCAAGCAUUAAUCAGUGGGCACACCUACGGAUUGAAGAAACAGUCCUUUCUCGGAGGAUUUACAACAUUGAGUACAACGUAAUGGAUGCUAAAGUCUAUAACCAGAAGGUACAGACUAUGGCUACCGAAACUGCUAUUAACAGAACUGCUACGACCAGUGUGGCUAAGCUAACCCUGAAGUACGGUGUGACCAAGAGAAGAACGUGGGAUUCAAGUGUCUCGUUGAAGCUAGGCGUCGCAACCACCAUUCAAGCUGGAGUCCCACAAGUUUCAAGCUCAUCGGUCAAAAUCGAACAUGAGUUUACUGAAGCAUACAACUGGGGAGAAUCCAUAUCUCACACGGAGGAGCACUCGGUUGAAUAUGAGAUCCCUGUGCCUGCAUACACCAAGGUAACACUAAGCAUGAUGGGAAAGCAAGGCUCGUGUUCUGUCCCCUUCUCAUACUACCAGGAGGAUAUUUUAACCGAUGGACAGAAAGUUGUCAACAAGUUUGAUGAUGGGAUUUACCAUGGCAUCAACAGCUAUGAUUUCACUUCCGAGGUCACAGAAGAAAAACUUCUUCAAGGGCCCACGACGACAGAUAGCACUUGUACGUUCCUAUAA